AUGGCGUCCAGGGACAAUCAAAGCAAGCAAAACAGCGGCAAUGCACAGAAAGGCGGACAACAACAGAAGAAGCAGAACCAGCAGGCACAGAAGAAGCCGCAGCAGACCCAGACAAAGACUACGGCCGCGCCGCAGCGGACCAAGAAGCAGACGGCAGAUGAUGUGCUCAGGCAGAAGGUGAGGCAGAUACAGAAUGUCGUCCCUGGCUGGACCACGGAAGACGUCAUCAGAAUCCUCAAGGACAGCAAUGGAAGCCCCGAAGUGGCCAUCGAGAAGAUGAUCACUGGCGAGGCUGGCCACCCCAGCGAGGAUUGGCAGCCCGCAAAGAAGAAGAAGGCCGAGAAGAGCGUGAAGGAGACGCCUAAGGCCAGCCCUGGCCCCCGCAACAAGAGUGGUCCUCGUGGCCCUCAUGAGAAUGGUGGUCAGAGGUCCGGCGGAGCUGGAAGACCCGAUGCUGGCCGUGGUGGCAGGUAUCCGGACAGCAAGCCGUCUGGUGGCGCCCCCGGCUCGGGUGGUUUUGGACCUAGGGGAGCGGUUCCGCAGCAGCAGCAGCAAAGGGUGGGCGGCGCUCAGCCUCUCGCUCAGCAGGCGGCCGCGCCUCGGUCGCCGGCUGAUGGCGGCGUAGCCCAUCUUCAGCAGCCCAGCGGCCCUUCUUCGGUGGAUGGCGGACUCGUAGCGACUCCCCAGCCCCAGCCCCAGCAGUCCUUUGCGUCGAUGGGCGUGAACGGACAGCAGCCUACCCUUGCCCAGCGUAUUGCGGCGCAAACGGCACAGCAGCAGCAGCGAGCCCGUCCUCCCGUCGGAGCUCCCAUCGGCAGUGGCCCGCGGGCCAAUGGACCCACCGCACAGAUUGCUCAGCAGCAGUCCAAGCCCCCAUCGGAACAGCAUGCGGCGCCCCAGCAGGGCAGACCGCAGGCCACGCAGGUCGAGAGCAAGCCUGCUCAACAGACCACGCAACAGCCACGGCCACAGCAGGGUGCCGCCGCUCCUACGGCAGCGCAGGUGGCCGCCCUCAAGCCCGUGACGGCAAUUCAGCCUAAGGGUCCCAUCACCGCUCAGCCGGUCCAGCCCGUCCAGGCUGCCGCCUCCUCACAGCAGCCCGCCGCUGCCGCCACUCAGCCAAUCCAGACUCAGCUCCAGACUCCUCUCCUCUCCUCGACUCCCUCCGCCGCCGCACAAACCGCCUCACAGACACCCGCCGCCGCUGCCGCGCCCACCACACAGCAACCCUCGAACCCUCAGGGCGCCUCCACCAAGGCCUACCAGCCGUUCGGCAGCAGCGGCGCCGCCAAGGGCUCCGGAUCUGGCCGCAGUAGCGGCAGCAGCAGGGCCGCGGCAUCGCCCAGCUCGCAGUGGCAGCCUAAGACCCAGCAGGCGGCCUCGGCCAGCGCCAAGUCGCCCGCCUCGCCGCCCCAGAGCGCGCUCUCGCCCGCGCAGCCCAUCUCCACCCCCUCGUCGGCCCAAUCCAUCACCACCGCCAAGGAGGCCCCGCAGCAGGCCGCCCAGCAGGCCGCCGCCGCCGCCCUGGGCGCCAUCGGCCAGAGCGUGCCCGUCAUCCUGCCGUCGGGCCUGUUCCCCUCGGAUAGGGAGGAGCAGAGCCUCCAGCUGCAGUUUGGCAAUUUUGGCCUCACGCCCGCCGCGCCGCCCGCCAAUGUGCUCAAGGAGGAGACGGUGGUGCCCAUCACGCCCGUCGAGCCCGUCAAGCAGCAGUCCGGCCCCGUCUCUGUGCGCCGCGAGGAGACUGCCGCGACCGCGUCGGCCGCCGCCUCUGCGCCCGUCAGCCGCCCGUCGCCCGUGUCGGUGAGCGCCGCCACCACCGUCUCGCAGCCCUCGGCCCAGACCGCCUCGUCCGCGCGCCCCGCCGCCAAGGAGCCCAAGCAGCCCGAGCCCGCCCAGAGCCUUGACUCCAACGACCAGAGCCCCAACCUGCCCCGCAAGGGCGGCAACGCCGGCGGUCGCUCCGGCGAGAAGAAGGCCGCGGCCGCCUCCGCCGCUUCGGCUCAGCACCAGCAGCAGCAGCAGCACUACCAGCAGCAGUAUCAGUAUCAGCAGCAGCAGUACCAGCAGCAGCACCUGCCCCAGCGCGGUCUGGCCCCACCUGCCGCCGUCCCGGCCGCCAUGCCCGCCGCCGAGGGCUACGACAUGAGCGCCUUCAACGCCGCGCCGCUGCCCUACCCGGCUCCCUUCUGGCCCGCCUACCCCAUGGACAUGGCCCCCGAGACCCAGCAGAUGUUCUACGAGUACCAGCCGACCGGUGCUUACCGUUCGGGCGCCCCGGUGUCGCCCGAGCCCAAGUACGGCAGCGGGUCGUCGAGCUCGCAGAGCUACCGCGACUCGGGCAAGUACGCCCAGCAGGCCGGCUCGCAGAGCGGCGACGCCGACUCGGGUCCCUCGCCGCGCGGCUCGUCCGGCCAGCCCCAGUCGCAGUCGCCCCCGCCCGUGCAGCCGCCCCACCACUUUGGCGUCCCCGGCGCCCAGCAGUACCCCCACGUCUACGGCUACCACUACCCCUACUCCUACCCCGCUGCCUCCUUCACUCAGUACCAGUACCCGCAGCGGAUGCCGACGCACUACAAGUCGCCGCACUACGCCUCGACGGGCGGUGGCUACCCGGUCUCCCCGCCCGACUCGUCGUCGCUGGGCGCGUCGAGCUACGCUGAGGAUGACUACAGCAAGUACGGCAUGCCGAGCCAGUCCUUCUACGAGACCCCGGCCGCCCACGUCAGCCCGACCAUGGGCAUGAAGAACCAGCACCAGUCCCUCUCCAGCUCCAGCUCCAAGUCCCAGCAGCAGCAGCAGCAGGCCUCCCAGAUGGGCGCCUACGCGCAGCAGGGCGGCGCGGACCUCUCCGGCGUCGGCGCCUCGUCCUACAAGAGCCUCGGCAUCACCGACUAUUCGGCCCAGGACAUGUCCAGGGGCUCCCCCGCCUCCUCGUUCUACUCGCCCCAGUUCGGCCAGCAGGGUCAGUACCAGCAGCAGUACGGCUUCAUGCACCACGGUGCGCACCACUACCAGCCCCAGCCUCCGCACCAGGGCCAGUCGGGCCAGUCCUCGGGUGCUGGUCAGAACCCCCAGUACUCCUAA